AUGGCUAAUAACUUUUUCCUUUUAUUUGUAUUUGUUUUUGCUAGUCAAGUGAUUGGCGGAUUGAAUACAAAGCUACCACCUCCUUCCUAUGGAAAUACAGUAAGCAUUCUUAGUAUUGAUGGAGGUGGGAUUAAGGGAAUUCUUCCAACUGUUAUUCUUGAGUACUUGGAAAAUGCUCUUCAGAGUGUGUCAAGAGAUGAAAAGGCAGCACUAGCAGACUAUUUUGAUGUGAUAGCAGGAACAAGUACAGGAGGAAUCAUUACUGGAUUGCUAACUACUCCUAACCCUAAUGACACUUCACGUCCUUUAUUUACUACUAAACAAAUCUUACAAUUCUACUUGGAAUUUGGUCCUUCUAUAUUCAACCAAACUGAUGCUAUUGGUUGGGAUAAUGAUACUCCACAUGCCAAGUUUGACGGCAAGUUCUUACAUGAAAAGGCACAUGAGCUUUUGCAAGAAACACGUCUGCAUGAUACAUUGACCAAUGUUGUAAUUCCAACCUUUGAUACCGUUGAUUUACACCCAGUUAUCUUCUCAAGCUUUAAGCUAAAGACUGUUCCUAGCCUAGAUGCAAAACUUUCUGAUAUAUGUAUUGGGACUUCAGCUUUCCCAUCCCAACUACCACCGUAUGCCUUUAAGAAUGGUGAUAAGGAAUUCAAUCUAGUUGAUGGGGCUCUCACUGCAGCUGGCCCGGCUUUGCUUGCAAUAAGUGAAGUGAUACAACAAUUGAAUGAGAAGAAUUCUGAUUUCAUUCCAAUAAAAGCAAACGAGCCCCUCAAAAUCGUGUUGUUGUCACUAGGAACAGGAAGUAGUCCAUCAGAUUUAAAACUUCCUGCUUCUUUGGGACAGUUCCUUUCCUUUAAUCAAUGGGUACCCAUAUUAGCUCUUGGUUAUGCUAUAUCUGCUGGACAAGUGAAUGAUUAUCAUCUUGAAUCUGUGUUUCCAAGCGAUUCAUCUUCUUCCGACAAUUACUACCUUCGAGUUCAGGAGUAUAAUUUGGAUCCAUCCAUAGCUGCUGAUGAUACUAGUAAAGAAAACAUGGAAAAACUUAUAAAGGCAGGAGAUGAUUUGCUCCCACAGUCUGUUAAGGUUUUGAAUGUAACUUCUUUUCUUCCAUUCGAGAAACCAAGCGAGGGUACAAAUGCUGAAGCUCUUGAAAGGUUGGCUGAAAUUCUAUACAAUGAGAGGCAGGUGCGUUUGAAAAGAAAAUCAAUGGAAAAACAAAGACGACCCUUCAUUGCUUCUGCUCUCCAGAUGAUUUGA